AUGCAGGGCAAUGAAAGACGAGGCCCAGGCCCCAGGCUGCCCCCUGUGGACAGGUGGAUGCCUCUGCUCUGCAGCUUUAUCCUGGCAGCAGCUUGGGGUCAAAUGAAUUUCACAGGAGACCAGGUUCUUCGAAUCCUGGCCAAAGAUGAAAAGCAGCUGUCACUUUUCAGAGAUCUGGAGAACCUGAAGACCCAGAAGCUGGACUUCUGGCGUGGCCCAGCCAGACCCAGCCUUCCCGUGGACAUGAGAGUUUCUUUUCCUGAACUGGAUGACAUCAGAGCUUACCUGGAGUCUCAUGGCCUUGUUUACAGCAUUAUGAUUAAGAACAUCCAGGAGCUGCUGGAUAAGGAGAGGGAAGCCAUGGUGAAGGCUUGCCGACUGGAGUGCAGCACCAGUAGCUUCAGCUACUCUUCUUACCACACCCUGGAAGAGAUCUACAGCUGGAUCGACAACUUUGUAACUGAGCAUUCAGACAUCAUCUCCAAAAUUCACAUUAGCAACAGCUUUGAAAACCAGUCCAUUCUUGUCCUGAAGUUCAGCACUGGAGGCUCUCAGCGCCCCGCCAUCUGGGUAAGGAUUCACUCCCGGGAGUGGAUCAUUCAUGCCACUGGCAUCUAGACUGCCAAAAAGAUUGUUAGCGAGUACGGCAAAGACCGAGUCCUGACAGACAUACUGAAAGUCAUGGACGUCUUCAUAGAGCUUGUCACCAAUCCUGAUGGGUUUGCUUUUACCCACAGCAUGAACUGCUUGUGGCGAAAGAACAAGUCCAGCAGACUGGGAGUCCCCUGUAUCGGUGUGGAUCUCAACAGGAACUGGAAAUCAGGCUUUGGGGGAAAUGGUUCCAACAGCAGCUCUUGCUCAGAGACUUACCACAGGCUCUUGCCUCAGUCAGAGCCAGAGGUGGCCACCAUUGUGGACUUCGUCACAGGCCAUGGGAACUUCAAGGCUCUGAUCUCCAUCCACAGCUACUCUCAGAUGCUCAUGUAUCCAUAUGGCCACUCUGUGGAACCUAUUUCAAAUCAAAAGGAACUGUACAGUCUUGCCAAGGAUGCAGUGAAAGCUCUGUACAAGGUGCACAGGAGCAAGUACAUUUUUGGCAGCAUCAGCACUCACUCUGUGAAUGUGGCCAGCGGAGUCACUGUGGACUGGGCCUAUGACAGUGGCAUCAAGUAUGCCUUUACCUUUGAGCUCCGGGACACAGGGUGCUAUGGCUUCCUGCUGCCAGCUGCACAGAUCAUCCCCAUGGCCCAGGAGACGUGGGUAGCAAUGCGGACCAUAAUGGAGCACACCCUGAAUCACCCCUACUAGCAACACUACUGAGGGCAGAGCAGGUGAAACCUGCCUCCUUCUCAAGGCCUGGGGCUCCUCCUAAAACCCAGGUUAUACAUGCUCUCCCCACACCCUUGCCCAGACCCCGGGGAAAUAAAUGCAGGUUUUAACAGGCUCCGCUACCUCUGGUGUUGGCUGCAACCCUUGUGGGCUCAGCAUUGAAGAGAGGACAGAGGGUUUCUCUGCAUCCCCAGAGGCAGCUUGACAUGCUGGGGACCCUCUCCACUCCCCCUUUAUCUACCUUCAGCAAAAUGAGGGGCCUGUAGGCCUUGCCAUUUUCAGAGUCUUUAGGGCCAGAAUAGAUAUCUCACCCCUGGGGAGCUACUAAAACACACACUGUCCCAGCAGUACUGACAUUUAACAUGACCCUGCAGGGGACAGUGUUUGAUCUAAAGAGGGAGACCCCUGGUAGGGGCAUUUCUGGAGUGAGUCCAAACAGCCCCUACCUCCACUUGCCUCAUUUCCCAUGCUGGAGAGGUGCCAGGGGCACAUUUCGAGGUGUCCACUCAGAGGACCCCACUAAUCCAAGAACUGAAUAUGACCAAGUCACUGGUUUGUGACCACCUAGCACCCACUCCAGGCCAGGCCAUAGGUAAACAGGCAUGCUCUCUUUGAGAGUUAAAGGGGUGCUAGCAAAAGCAACCACCAACAGAGUGAAAAGAAAACACAGUGGGAA